AUGUCUGCGCAGAAGAGAAUCACACUCUACAUGGCUUCGGCCUCGCCGUUCCCGCACCGUGUUCGGCUGGCUUUAGAAGAGGCUCACGCUACAUAUGAGAUGAUACAUAUUUCCCUCGUAGACAAGCAAGACUGGUACCAGAAGAAAGUCUACCCAGACCGCGCGCAGGUCCCCUACCUCAUCUAUGGCGGGCCCGAGCUGCACCCCGACGAGGCGCCCUCGCCCGACGCCGCCAAGAUCCCCGAAUCGCUCGUCAUCCUCGAGUUCCUCGCCGACCUCUUCCCCGCCGCGCACCUCCUCCCCUCCGACCCCGUGCUCCGCGCCCGCGCACGCCUCUUCACCACCGCCGUCGAGACCGAGCUGCUCCCCGCGCAAAAGGCGUUCUUCCUCAUGGGUGGGCCCCCGGACGCCAUGCUCGCCGCGCUCGACGCGCUCCAGGCGCGGCUCCCGCCCGCGGGCGGCUUCGCGGCGGGCCCGCAGUGGUCGAUCGCGGACGCCGCGGUGAUGCCCAUCCUGCUCCGCCUGCGCAUGUCCGUCACGCUCGAGGUCGGGUUCUUCGCGCCCGGGGCCGCGCCGGUGGUGCGCGCCGCGCUCGAGUCGCCGCGGUUCGCGCGUCUGCAGCGGUACAUUGCGGACAAUGUUGCGCGCCCGAGCAUGGCGGCGACGUGGGACGAGGCUGCUGUCAAGGCAGAGUUUGUGGGGCGCUUCGAGAAGUUACGCAGCUUGAAGGCUGCCCAGUGA